GCUCGCCCUCGUUUGUCCAGACUGUAGAAACACAGGUGACGUCAAAAUGUCGUUCGUGUUAAAUACACAUUGCUCAAAUUAGAGCAUGAACUACGAACCUAACACAUAUUAAUAAUAAUCUCACUUGCGUAAAACGUUCAAUUUUGAAUGCAUGUACGUAUACACAUUCAACCGAACCGACAAAUACGCAUCAAACUGAAGUACCAAUAUCAUCCCCGGAAGUUACUAAACAAUCUCCCACCAUUAUUAUCCCAUGUGUGUCACUGCAGUUUACAAAAACGUGAUUUUAUCAAAUGCAAACAUACCAAUCAAUAAAGUAUGAGAGUGGUCAGCUGUUGUCACGUGACGAGCACGUUUGGUGAUUUACGCAGCACACUGAAAACAUCAGGACAAGCGACACGCGUCUUUCAUUUCGACUUUUUCAUCUUGCUUUGUAGUUUUUAAAGGUCAAAAUACAAAAAGAGUUGGACACGUGUUUUCUACGCUCAUUUUGCCCAUAUAAAUAUUCCCGUUGGUUCUGGUUUAACUUAACAUUACAGGUUUAACAGUUACCUCCCUCUCGACCAUCGGAGGAAUACGUUGAAAAGCCAACAGAAAUGAAUGGACCUGACCUAGGGAAGAUGCCGGUGGGUGGGGCUCCAGGAACUGAUGGAAAGGACUCUGUAGCCAAUGGGCACAAAGAAAAUGAAUCCAACCCUUUUGCAGAAUAUAUGUGGAUGGAGAAUGAAGAGGAGUACAAUCAGCAGGUGGAGGAGGAAUUGCUUGAACAAGAGUUCUUGGAGCGCUGUUUCCAGGAGAUGUUGGAUGAAGAAGAUCAGGAUUGGUUUAUUCCUGAAAGGGAUCUUCCCUCUGUGGGACAAAUACAACAACAGCUCAAUGGACUUUCUGUCAGCAACGGCAAUGGAGACGAAAUCUUGCGGAAGAGCAUCUUAAACCCCGAGGCAAAGGAGUUUGUGCCAGGGGUGAAAUACUGAGGAUCAUUAUUCUCAUCUGCAUCAUUCUUCACCCUCGCACCCGCAUUCAUUUGACCAUAUACUCAUAGACUGUUGUGGCCAUAUUUAGUGGUCACAUAAAUGCACUCUUUACACACUUCUGAAGGGGCCGGAGUACAAAUGUGGAUAAUGUAUCGGGUGGGAGGGAAGUUACGGGUGAUUGUCUAUAAGCUUUAUAUUUCUGUUGUGUACAAACCAAGGGUAUUAAGUUGAAACACUGCCUCUAGGAGGUGCUAUCACAAGCUGAUAUCAUUGCAAAGCUGUUUAUUUUCCUCUACCCUUACUGAAAGGGCUGUUUUUGUCAGCUUGUUUCACAGUGUGUGCCUGAUCAGGUCUUUGCGUUCCUUCCCAUUUUGUUUUGUGUUUUUUUUAUUGGUCUUUUUUAGAGGGAGGUUUUGAUAUCUUGUAUAUAUGUUCACAUUUCUUGGUUUCAAGGGGUGUGGCCAUACUUGAUUGGAGCGGCUGUGGGCGGGGCCUCUUGUGUUGGAUGCUGAGGAAAGGGGAAUUCACAUGAAUUCAGUUUUUAUUUUGAAUUGAGAUCGUUACAUGCAGGACUGAAUUUCAUUUAAAAAUGGAAGGAAAAAGGCAAAUAAAGAUUAAAAGUUCAUACUCA